AUGCAAUUCAAGUUCAGGGAAGAAAUUGAGAAAAUCUGUGUGAGUCGCCAUCCAAAUUUGGUGUCUCUUUUAGGAUUCUGCGAUGAUGGUGGUGAUGCUGCUGCUACUGAUGAUGAUGAUGAUUUUUAUUCUGUUGAUGAUGAUAAUGAUGAUGAUGCCAAGAUACUUGUAUCCGAGUUCAUACAGAAUGGAAGUCUACUUUCUAAUCUGCAUGAGAGUCAUCGGAAUAAGAAAGCUCUGACAUGGAAGAAACGACUGCAAAUAUGCAUUGGAGUAACACAAGGACUACACUACCUUCACACAGCAUCCAUUUUUCACCGUAACAUUAAACUUACUAACAUCCUUUUGGAUCGCGCUAUGGUGCCUAAACUCUCUGAUUUUGGGUUUCCCUGGUCAAACCCAAUACAUGCAGGGUGUUAUGCUGCUCCUGAAUGGUCUGAAGGCCAUGACUUCACAGAUAAGUGUGAUGUUUACUCUUUUGGUAUAGUUCUCCUACAAGUGGUAUUCACGAGCAAGCUACCGCUUAUUGAGGGGGAAAGUGAUCCCAUUCUCAAGGGUAUGAUUGCACCACAGUGCUGGGAAGUUUUCUUAGACAUCACACGACGGUGUUUGAAAUUUGAAGCAAAUGAGAGACCAAGCAUGAAUGAAGUUAUAAGUCAACUUGAGCAUGCUCUGGCACUACAAGAGGAAGCAGAUGCCAACACUAGUGAUGAAUACAACUUAUUAUCAAUGACCUUUGAUGAUGAUGCCUUAUUAGGAAGACGCUUAUGCUAGCAUCAUUUUUUGGAUAUUGUAUUUUGUUGGUUCAUGUAUUUAGUGUUUUUAUUCAAGAUUCUUAUAUAAACUUGUUGAAUAAUGAAAAAAGGCAUGAAUACUAGCUCACAUAUGACCUGUUAUCUUUGUUUUGAAAAUAAGUAGCUGGUAUGAUUGUUGAAAAAGAUGUCAAACAUUGAACAAACAUGAGAAGUGAGAUAUAAGUAGGAAAGAUAAAAAAAUCU